AUGGAUCUUCUCUCCGAUGAUUCCGACUUGAGCUCUGUACCGCCAUCUCCGCGAUCAUCGCCGGCACCGGGGCGACUGCCCACCCGCCAAAAGAGGAGACGCAACCCUCUGCCCAAGGAGCGCACCACGCAGUAUCUCAACCUGUCGCUGUCGUCUGCCGCGCAACAAAGUCAAAUUAACUUGCUGGUCGAAACCGUCCGUCGCCAAAAGGACAUCGUCGUCAUAGCAGGCGCCGGUAUCUCCACCUCGGCGGGUAUUCCGGACUUUCGCUCCACAGAUGGUCUGUUUAAGUCUCUGCAGAAAAAGCACAAUUUGAAGGCUUCCGGCAAGCUUCUUUUUGAUGCUGCUGUCUACCAGGACGAUGCCUUGACCGCCCCCUUCCAUGAAAUGGUGCGGUCGCUGUCGGUCGAAGCAGCCAAGACCCACCCGACACCUUUCCACCAAAUGCUGGCCCGGUUGGGUAAGGAGUCUCGUCUGAAGCGGCUCUAUACGCAGAACAUCGAUGGCAUUGAAACUUCGAUGCCCCCGUUAGCGACAGAGGUCCCCCUUGGCGUGAAAGGCCGGUGGCCCGUCACCAUCCAGCUCCACGGCAGUAUUGAGAAGAUGGUGUGUCAAAAGUGCCGCUACCUUUGUGACCUGGACCCCAACAGAUUCAAUGAAUCGGAUCCCCCUGCGUGUAAUGAGUGUUUGGAAAAGGACGAUAUUCGACAAAUGACUGGACAGCGUAGUCAUGGCGUGGGCCGUAUGCGACCGCGGAUUGUCCUGUACAACGAGCACAAUCCCGAUGAAGAGGCCAUCACCUCGGUGAUGAAUGCCGACAUCAAGUCCCGCCCUCGCGUUUUAAUUGUCGCUGGUACCAGCCUGAAGAUUCCCGGGGUGCGUCGACUUGUAAAGAGCUUGUGCGCGGUCAUCCGAAGCCGUAAGGACGGUGUCACCAUGUUCAUCAACAACGAGCCACCGAUCGGCAAGGAGUUUGAGAACUGCUUCGACCUGGUUAUCCAAGGGUCUUGCGACCAGGUGGCGCACGUGGCCAACUUGAAGUCUUGGGAGGACGAGACCUUGGGCGAGCUGGCUCCGAACCUCAUGCCUGAACCCAAGCGCAUCCACGAAGAGUGCUCUUCUUCCGAGGCCGAGCAGGAGAAGAGUACCCGCGGCAUCGACCGCGUGGAGAUCAAAUCCACGCCAAAGAAGCGGCCCCGCACCGAUACUGGUCUCUUCACGCCUUCGUCCAGCAACGACGAGAAGCCUUCCACCUCACCCACCAAGGUGGCAGCCAAAGGCAAGAUGGCAAACCCGGCCAGCAACGGCCGCACCAUCAACGAUGUGCUCAAGGGCAACAAGACCGCACCGGCCAAACCCGGCCGCAAGAAGCCGGCCGCAACCACCAAGCGCGGCAAGAAACCCGAGCCGGCCAAGAACGCGAAGAUCAACACCUUCAGCACUCGGGUCACCAAAAACACCACUGCUCCAGCGUCCAAGAAGGGCACCAAGGGAGGCAAUGGCGCAACUGGCAAACUCCAUCUUCUUUCAGUUGGUGCUGCGCGCAACAAUGGGUCAAUGUUUCCUAAUCUACCGAACAAGGCCGUCAUGGACGGGGAUGGGAAACCCCUCCAUGUUGACUCCGAGUCCAGUCCCGAGAGCAUGCCUCACUUGUUGACCGCGUCAUAG